UCUCUUCCUGCAAUUGACAGAAGUGUGAGACAGAUCACAAUGAAAGACCUGCUGCCAUGACUUGCUUAACAUCAGGAAAUACCACAGCAGCAGUGACCCUCAUAUUACUGACAGUCCAGCCCAGAAAAUGGCCACCUUCAGCAUGUUGCGUUUUCAGAGGUGCUUCAUAUUAUUGCUGUCCAUAACCUUCAUUGUGUCUGUCAUUGUGUAUGUGUUUGGCAUCCGCUCUGAGUCGUCCAAAGUGUGGUUCAGCAACUUCGCCAAGUUAAUCACAUUCCAAACAGCCAAAAAUCACACACUAAUGACCUGUCUAACAAGACACAACAAAACAGUCUAUCAACAGACGUCUGAUGCCAAACACACAGCAGUGAACAGACAAAACGUGACAGACAUGCUCAGUAUGAAGUCCAUGACAGCUGUUCCAGUAAAAGAAGCAUCAUCCAUCUGUUACCAUGAAGCGCAUCCACACAACUACCGCUUCAUCAUAGACGAGCCCCGUAAGUGUGAACAAGAGAACCCAUUUCUAGUCCUAAUGGUCCCAGUGGCUCCACACGAACUGGAGGCUCGCAACGCCAUCCGGAGCACAUGGGGUAAUGAGAGCGUGGUCCAAAACAAAACCAUUACGGUGAUCUUCUUGCUGGGUCUGCCUGGGAUCGAGGCAGAGAAACAACAGGAGGAACUAAGGCUGGAAAGCCAGGAGUACCAUGACCUGGUCCAGAGUGACUUCAUGGACACGUACCUCAACUUGACGAUAAAGACCAUGGUAAUCAUGGACUGGCUGUCCACAAGUUGCCCACAGGCAUCCUACGCUAUGAAGAUCGACUCUGACAUGUUCUUGAAUCUGGAGAACUUGAUGAGCUUGUUGCUGAGACCUGAUACGCCUAAAGAAAACUACAUGACGGGAAAGGUUAUGUGGAACAUACCGGUCAUCCGGGACAAGAACUCCAAGUGGUACGUGCCAAUGGAACUAUAUGCUGAAGACUACUACCCAACAUACCUGCUGGGGAUGGGUUAUGUCUUCUCCAAUGACCUUUCAGAGAAGAUUGUUGAGGUUUCGAAAGAAAUAAAGCCAUUUAACAUAGAGGAUGCAUACGUGGGUGCCUGUCUGGAACGAAUAGGAAUUUCGCCUUCAACUCCUCCCAAUCCCUCCCAGUUUAAGGAUUAUUUUAGUGGUAAGUAUAAACGAGAAGAGUUUGCCAGCGUGAUCACCACCAUCCUUAACUCCCCACAGCAGCUGAUCACAUUCUGGAAGGACCUAAAGGGCCCACAUGAGGCACUUGGAGCUAAAAGACUCAUAACUGGUGAUAUUUGGGAUAUAUUUGGCUGACAUUUUCUUACAAAACUCCUGUAUCUUCUCACAAUUUAAUCAGAACUGAAAAAUGCUGCUUCCAUAAGUAUUCAAUCCCUCUAGACUAGUACUUGAUGGAACCGCCUUCAGCAAGCAAUAACAGCUAAACACCAGCUUUGCACAGUGUUUGGGAGAGAUUUUCACCCAUUUUUCCUAGUAAAUUUGUUGGAUGGCGCUUGUGGACUGCAGUUUUCAGAUAGUGCCAUAGAUUCUCUAUUCUGUUGGACUUGGUCAUUGUAGAACAUUCACCUUUUUGUUGUUCAACUACUCCUGUGUUGCUUUGUCCUUGUGUUUGAGGUUGUCUUGCAGU